UGGUGUCGUCAGCUGCUCUCGACCCAGUUGUUCAGUCUGAGUCCUGGAGCCGGAGCAGGUGGAGGGAAACUAAAUGACGGAGGCUACCCUGAAAUAAACACGUAAAAAAUUCUUCUAUCUGCUGAGUGAUACUUCAACCAAAGCAUGUCUCAGGACAAGAGUGGAUACCCUGUUAUGGGUGAGACCAACCCACUUCAUAACAACGUCUACGGACCCCCUCAGCCUGGUUUUGGUAUGCCCCCUCCCAACUACAGCCAAGCCCCAGGGGGACCAUACCCACCAGCAGCUGGCUAUGGGCAGCCAGGCUUCCCCCAGGCAGGCCCAGGUUUUGCCCCUGGUCCCUACCCUCAGAUGCCUUACCCUCAGAUGCCCUACCCACAGGGACCCUACCCUCAGGGGCCCUACCAGCAGCCAGGCUUUGCUGGGGACCCAAUGGCACCAGCAGGUAGCCCUGGCUACCAUGGAGAUGUGCCUCCAUCUUACUAUGACAACGACGAGUUCACCAACUCUGGUUUUGAGGAUAAGAACAUCCGACAAGCUUUCAUCAGAAAAGUGUUCAUGGUGCUCACGGUGCAGCUGCUGGUCACUUUCUCUUUUGUUGCCGUCUUUACCUUUGUCGAUGAUGCCAAGAUUUUUGUGCGACGUAAUCCCUGGACGUACUAUGUGUCCUACGCAGUCUUCUUCGUUUCUCUGAUCACCCUCAGCUGCUGUGGAGACUUCCGUCGCAAGCACCCCUGGAACCUCGUUGCACUAUCCAUCCUGACCCUGAGCCUCUCCUACAUGGUUGGCAUGAUCGCCAGCUUCUAUGACACAGAGACUGUCAUCAUGGCUGUGGGCAUCACUGCUGUGGUGUGCUUUACUGUCGUCCUCUUCUCACUACAGAGCAAAUAUGACUUCACUUCCUGUAGGGGCGUAUUGUUUGUGUGCCUGAUCGUUCUGCUGCUCUUCUCGAUCCUCUGCAUCUUCAUCCGCCACAGGAUCCUGCACAUUGUCUAUGCCUCCCUGGGGGCCCUGCUCUUCACAUGCUUCCUGGCUGUGGACACUCAGCUGCUCCUGGGCAACAAGAAGCUCGCCCUGAGUCCAGAGGAAUACAUUUUUGCUGCCCUCAACCUCUACACUGACAUCAUCAACAUUUUCCUUUACAUCCUUGCUAUUGUUGGACGCUCCCGUGAAUGAAGCUGCACUUUUACGUGAACAGGGGAGAGAUAGAAAAAGCCUCCCUGUGGCAUACAAUUCUGCUCAAAUACCCACUUAUUUCUCCUUUAACCUUUUUCACAUGAUACUCUUAGAAUUUUAAACAUGUAAUUUUGUUUGAAGAAGAUGCAGUAUGUCUUAAAAAGCAGCUGAGAGGGUCACUAUUUAUUGAACACAAAUUUUAGUGACAAGCGUUAAGGUGUGUCUUUUCCUCAAUUUAGACCACUCUGCUUGCUGUAACUGUCCUCCGCUUCUACUCACACAGAAGGCUACAUGAUGUCACCAUUACCUACCCCUGGCACAUGCAGUAUGAAAUAUUCUGAGGGUGUCUGAUACGCCACCUUGUCUUGCUGCAAAGAUAAACCAGAAAAAAAGAACAGGGAAGAUAUCAGUAGAGCUCGAUAUUGAUGUAAACCAGCUUUUCCAGAAGAGCAUAAUUUAGUGCUAGAAAUACACUCCGCCUUUAAGCUGUCUAUUUUCCCUUACUUAACCCUCCCUUUCAGCCUGAUGGUGUUAAGUAACUGCAUGGCAACAUUGGAAACACCACUAAAGAUGUGUUAAAGUUAUUACCAGAGGAAUACCUCUAGCUUGCUUGUCACGGCUGUAAAUAGUUUAUGUACUACUGUAUAUGAUGCCAAUACCCCCUGCCCUGAGAGGCUUGCUGGACUGAGUUAUUUGGAUGUGUUGCUCUUGGGGAGAAAUAUGCUCUGAUAUCAGAACUUUGCUAACCCAGUACAGUAACUUUAAUCUUUUAAUGGCAAAAGAAUGACAGUAAAUGUUGGAUGUAUAUGACACACGUAAAGCUAUAUAUAUUCUUACAGAAUAUCUUUUUAGAAGGAAGAUACACUUUGUUUUGAAAUUAUUUAUAUGACUCCCUUCCCUUCUUUCUUAUUUUACUAUCCUCAAUAAUUUCCUGCCAUCUGGCAAUUAAUGUGAAGUGACAAUUAAGUGCUGUUUCCUACCCUGUUUACCACUAUUGUGAAGUUUUCAUGAAAGUAUUGGAAAUGUUGACCACUUUAAUGGCAAGCUAUUCCUAGUUUCAGAACUGGUGACACCAGAGUUGAAGGAAAUUGUAAUUAUAACUUAUCUAUUUAUUGAGGUUGAUGUAGAUAACAAUGUUGCUUUGAGUUGCAAUAAGCUAGUGUUGAGGAAGAAAUCCAGAGCUGUGUUACGAAAUGGUACAGUCUGAAUUUCUGAUGCUAGUUCUGGAAACAGAACUUACUGGUUACACUCUUGCUCAACUAGGUGAAAUAAGCAAGAGAAACCAGUGUGAACUGGAAUCCAAAACCCAUAAAAUUGACCUUGAUUAAUACAUUGAACUUGUAACUUCUGAUUUGAUCUUUCAUGUCUGGCAUGACCGUUUCCAACAUUUGCAUGUGCUGAUAAUGCACACUUUACAGGUAACCCUAUUUUGGAGAAACACAGUGUUGUUCAGCAGCCCUAUUAGACUUUUUUUUUUAACUCGUGUUUGUAACUAAAUUAAUGUGUAUGUGUAUAUAGAACUCUGUAGUGAUUUGAUGUGUAAAGACAAAGUAAUCUUGGUGCUUUGUAGGACUGUUUGCACUGUAUAUUGGCAUUACAUCAAGGUAGAACUGCAUUCCUUUACACUGCUGUUCGCUUUUCAUUAAAACUGAUAUAAUGUGAAGAUU